UUUUGCGGUCACCUGUUUGUUUGCGUUUAGCUCUGUUUUCCCACACUAUACUGUAUCAUCCAUGUGCACGGUGUCUGUUAGUCUGUCUGCUGGUAGCCAGAUGUCCUCUGUCACUGGGGGGAAAAAAGAGAGAAACUGAACAGCUGUAACACACCAAGAGGCCUAAAAGAGGAAACAGUCCAACACAGAUGUAUUUAAAGUAUGUUUGUGCUGCUGCAUUAAUCUGCUUCUGCUCCCAGGUGGACAAUACAUCAAGAGCUACUUGACAUGAUAGAAGCUGGUGUCAUUACAUAUGCUGGAGUGCUCAGACAUAUGGGUGAAGUUGUGCGAGUCCCAGUGUUUCUUUCCCACUUGCAGUAAAGUGUAGUUAACACGAGCCAUCCAUCUGUUUGUCUCAUCUGAGAGUAGAAAGAUGGACCACUGUCCUGCAGGCUAGAACCUCUGACAACAAGCUGAGCUCCUAAUAAGGAAGGGCAGGCUGGCUGAGGCGCUCUCUCUAAAUAUCCCUCAGGUCUGAGAAAGAGAGAGGAAGGGAACUGGGGAGGAAGAGGGAAGCGGAUGGAUUGCAGCCUUAUAUGGACAAAGCACUGCUUUUCCCAGGGUUUGUGGCUCUGACCCCCGGCAUGAUGCCAGAUGCUGCACGGGCAGCUCCCUGGCGCCACCGAGAGGUGCGAGUAAUGCAAUGCUGCAUGUCAGCUGACGGUCAACAAUUGAUUUGAUUUUUAUUUCUAUAGUUUGUUUUCUGGACUCGGCAAUAAAAAUAAAUCUGAGACAAUGCUUUUGUAAUCGGGGAAGUAAAGCCAAGAUCAACAUCAAAUAAAACAGGCAACAGACCAAAAUUUUCAGGUUGAUUGUUUGGCCAUUUUCUCUCAGUAACUGGUUAACUGGAUAUUUUGGCAGCAUACACUUUAAGACCCAAACCGAAUUGGCAACAGCUUUAUGGUGGCUUCGGUAUUCCAAAUCUUACUUUGGAUUCACUUUUAGUGUGCAAGCGUGACUGACCUGACCCUAACAGACUGACCUGUAUACAGAGAAUAUGUUUCUAACUAAAGAUUUUCUCCUGUAAAUCAAUGAAUCCAUUGAGUCAUCAAUUAUAAGCACAUAAAUUUGGGGCUCGCAAAACACACACUGUCUCCAAACCGAAUCAGUAGAUGUGGCGACACCCUGACUAUCAGUCCCAAGAUAGUUGAGCUUGUUGAAACACAGCAGACCUCUGGCACAUCUUCAUCUUUUCCAAGGUGCACACAGAGAAUAAAUCUGCAGAGAUUAAACACUUGUGGCGCAGAGAAUAACUUAUGGCUCAUAAACCUGAUGCAGAUAAGAAGUUAAAGCUGUUCCUGUGGAACGUGAAUGACGCACCAGCACAUACUCAAGAGUGCGGAGCAGAAAUCUUGAGAUGGGCCGUUACAUGAGGAUACCUGGACAGAACUGAGGGCAUCAAUCCCGCAUCUGCCAGGAGGAAUGGGAAGAGCAGAUUCAGAGACUUUUAGAUUAGAAAAACUCCUUCAGUGGGACCUGUGCAGCACCAUGCAGAUCAAUCGGCAUUCACCAAAGAACAUCAGAGCCGACAGCUCCAGCAUCAUCUCCUCUGUUUGUUAAAUGACUGCUGAUGUCAAAAAUCUGAAGUUGUGUGACUUGCCAAAUCAAAACGCAUCGUUUACCUCUUUAUCUGAAUCAGUCACGGCAGCAGGGAGGGGCAAAUUCACAGGUCUGGACACUGGGUUGACACUACUGGGGAUAUCUGCAAGAGGUCACCCAGUCCAGAACAAUACUGUAGAGUUCUUUCUAUGAUUUAUCUAAGUUGAGCUUUAUGAUAAAAACUGAUGCAGUGACAUUUCAACAAAUAGGCUUGCCAUUAAAUAACUGGCACAUAAUUUGUUUCAUGGACAUCUAUGGCUUUAUUUCUUUUUGUAUGUAGAUUGGAUGGGUUGCUACCACAUCUGGUAAGAAUUUCAUGUCCAUAGCACCUUUUGAAAUAUACUUACUUAGGGGAAAAAAAGGUGUUCAAUGCGUGUUUGUGCUUGAGUAGGGCGUUUUAUUAGAGUGAUGUUAGACCCCAAGAAACUAAUGUUAUAUUUCUGCUCAUUUAUUCCACAAACUGAAACGAAAGUUUUUUUUAUGCGUUAGUGAAUAAAAGCAAAGUAACAGCAGGAUGUGACUCAAGCUGCCCACGUGCUCUGAUGUCCUGGUGUCCUCACACGAUACAAACGAAACAGGGACACUCAUAAAAGUGUUGUCCUAGAGCCAGCGAUCAAAAACUUCACAGGAUACCUCGUAUUUAGCCUUACACUCUAUUUGAGGGGUUCAAUGUAUGUGGCUGGUACUGACAGAGGACUGGCGCUUUUCUAGUCUUACUGUCCAAACAAAGGACUUCAGACUACAAGCUACUUUAAGCACGCAUUCAUAGAGCCCUACGUUUUAUCUACCUUAUCUAUUUUUCCCACAGCCCACAGGAGGACAGGUGCAGCACUGGAAAGCUUAAAAAUGCAAUAACGGAAAAUACGAUGGUGAUCUUUAUCUUUGGAGCUUUUAUUAAUUAGUUAAUUAUAACAUAAAUAUAACUGAAAAUGUUGUGUUUAGAAAAUCCGAACGAGGACAAUGCAUCUAAGUCUGACUGCUAAAGCAAAGAGAAAACUUUUAGUGUGACUGUGGAGCUGAUGGGAAAAUGAGGAGCUUUAAUUUGGAGAAAGUGACGUGAUGCCUCUGGGGAACAGACCGACAAUAAACAGUGUUACUGUGUGGCCUGAAGAGUGUGCUGCUGAUUUAAUUGGAUAUAUGUACGGAUAAGAUAGCAGCCAUUUGAGCCUGUGACAUAACCGGUCUCAUUAAACUAUCAACAUUUAAAUAAAGUUUACAUUAAUGUCUUGCUUUUAUGCACAACAUGAAAAGUGCACCUGACAUCGCCAGUAACACGGAAAGGGCAUGCUGUUUUUAACAGAGCAUCUGGAUUUAAUUAACUGACUGACUUUAAACUCCACAGUUAAUCCAGCCCAUGUUUUACAUGAGACCUGAACUAAAUCCAGAUUUUCUGUGCUGCACGACACAGGUCUCCUCCUACAAACGAGUUAGAGCUACUUCAUCAGCAACUUUCGAGUGCACUAGAUAUGAAAUCUCGAACAAAUAAAAGCACAUAAAGUUUUGGGUUUGUUUUGUUUGUUUUUGUUUUGUUUCGUUUCAUGAGUUGAGCCCUAAAGAACAAGCGGUUUGGGAUCUCGUCCGGGUCUCGCCUGGACUUUGGUUUUCCUGCAUUCUUCUUUGUUACAGAAACAGAUGCUUCUUCCUUCUCACGUGAAAACUUCCUGACUUCUUGGUUUGAUUUGAGCCCUUAAAGUGAAGGUAAUCUCCUCAUCAUGUCCUGUGAUUCGGACCCUUACAUCUUCACCACCGACACCCUCCCUAGUAACCUCCGCUUCCUCCCUCCGCUUGCGAAUGGCCACCUGGGCUGGAGGGUGUACAAUAAUAUCAUGCACAUGGGGGGCGUUUAUAACGGGGAGGGCGGGCGCUGCCACAGAGCAGAUGUCCCCUGCCCUCUAGCUGUUAAGGUGGAGCUAGAGGAACCUGUCCAACACACCUACAGCCUGGACACCCACAAAGGCAUUUUUAUUCACACUCUGAGCUCCGCUAGCGCCACUGCCACACAGUCUUUGUACUCUCACCGACACUAUCCCAACCUGAUGGUGAUGGAGAUCCUGCUGGAGCGUCAGGCGACCUCACAGGAGCCUGUCACGGUUAAGCUGGUCAGCUCAUUCACACCUCAAAGCAAAGACAUCAGGUUUGAGACCGGUCCUGAUUACAGAGGAGGCAGCCACAUCCAGGGACAGACAACCACAGCUGAGUACCCUGGAGGUUCUUGUCCUACUGUGCACCUCAUCUGGACCCCCGUGCCCGUGACUCUGAUGCUCCCUGCCGAGCACAGCGAGGCUCGCUGGGGUUUCAUCCUGGUUGCAGCCAGCAGUUUAGACUUGGCUGAGGCCAGUUUUGAUGAGGGCCUGAAUCUGAUGGCAACUGGUAGUCUGCGUCCAUCUCACGAGAAGGCCUGGCAAGAGCUGUGGCUGCAGAGCAAAGUGGAGGUGACAGGGUCUGAGAGCCUCUGCAAGGCCCUGAUUGGCUGCAUGUUCUACCUCCUCAGCGCUUUCCCGUCCAUACAUGACACCUCCAGCUCUUUUGGUGGAGUCAGUCCAGGAGGGCUCUCUAAUGGUGGAGAAGGCCAGGACUACUGGGGCCAUGUUUUCUGGGACCAAGUGAGGCUAGAUUCAGCCAAUGGCCAUGUGUUGUUGAUUCUGUUAUAUGUUGUGUCACACAAUGAUUCUUCCUUCCUGUGGCAGGACAUCUGGAUGUAUCCCGGGAUAGCCCUUUUUUAUCCGAAACUAGCCCGAGCUGUGCUGGAGUACAGGGUGGGGACCAUAGAUGGUGCUAAAGACAACGCCCAAAAGCAAGGCUACAAGGGUCUAAAGUUCCCGUGGGAGAGUGCUGUGUCAGGGAGAGAGGUGUGUCCAGAGGACAUUUAUGGACAACAAGAGAUUCACAUCAACGGAGAUGUCACAUUGGCUUUCCAGCACUAUCUCUACCUCACCGAGGAUCUGUCCAUGUUCAGAGAGGGACUGGGCAGCGAGGUCAUCUAUGGUGUGGCUGAUUACUGGGUUUCAAGGGUAACCUGGAAGCCCGAGGACCAGAAAUAUCACCUAGAUGGUGUCAUGCCACCCGAUGAAUAUUACUACAAUGUCAAUGACUCUGUGUACACAAACACAGUGGCCAAGCUUGGUCUUCAGUUUGCUGUUGAACUGGCUGAACUCCUUCAGCACCCUGCGCCCAAGGAAUGGCAAGCAGUGGCCGAAUACAUUAAGAUACCUUUUGACGAAGAGCAUCAGUACCACCCUGAGUACGACGGCUACAUUAAAGGGCAUCCCGUGAAGCAGGCGGACACAGUGAUGCUGGGAUAUCCUCUUGGAUUGCCGAUGUCCCCAGAGGUUAGAAGGAAUGACCUUGAAGCAUACGAGCCAGUGACAGACCCUCACGGUCCAGCCAUGACAUGGGGGAUGUUUGCAAUCGGCUGGCUGGAGCUCGGGGAGGCUGAGAAAGCUCAGCUUUUACUUGAAAAGUGCUUCAACAACAUCCAGGGCCCGUUCCAGGUAUGGAGUGAAUCAUCCGAUGGCUCCGGUGCAGUCAACUUUCUCACAGGUAUGGGAGGAUUUCUGCAAGCUGUGCUGUUUGGCUACACCGGUUUUAGAGUUCAGAAGGACUGCCUGGCAUUCUCGUCACUGCUUCCCAACGACGUCUGCGAGCUUUGUGUCCGUGGUGUGAACUACCUGGGCAGCCAGAUGGACUGGCUGCUGAGGAAGGAAGAAGUCUGUAUCAUACUGAGGGAACAGGAAGGCAGUCCAGGCAACACUAAGCCCUGUAAUUUACAAGUUGUCCUGAAGGCAUCAGGAACUAAAAUCCCCCUCACACCAGGGCAGCCGGUAACUUUCCCUCGAGAGCCCGGAUACGUUUGCAAACUGAUUUCAGCUGCUUCCUGCUGGCCUUUCUGAAACCUGAGCACCGAUCCUCCAAAACAUUUCACAUGCUGACAUUUGAAAGCAU